ACCAAAACAUCAGCAUGUUCGAACGUGAUCGCAACUCGUAACGGUCGUCGUCGGUUCGUCGCGCGAAUGUUUCCGUCGGUUUCAAUCCGGAUAGUUUUGUGAUCGUUUCGUGAAACUAAACAAUGUCAGGCUUUUCCCAAUCGCUCGACCUGGGCGACCAAACGUUUGCCUCGCUGGAGAAGCAGGCCGGCUCUAGGGACUCCACUCCGGUUGGUUCCCGCCAACCGGUUCUGCGCCGACCUACCCGGCGGGCCAGUCUUCAGGUGGAAACUCCGGUGAAGCAACCUAGCCCAAAAGCGGACGAUUCGAUGGAGGUCAUCGAGGAAUCGCCCACAAACUCCAGCCGGGUUGGGAACGUAACGCGCCAGAAGAGUGUCCGCGAACGGUUGAGGACGCUGGCGACACAGAGUCGGUCCCGGAAAGGACUGAGGAGGAGCAAGUCCGAUUCGGUGGGGGUCAAGGUGGAUGGGGUGGGGUCGAAGGGAAGAGGGUUGAAGGCUCGGAGUGAGAGCAGGGAUGAGAUAAACUUGAUGAUGGAGCACGGAUGUUCCGAGCUGUUCCGGAGUGACAUUCGGUUCGAUGAGGGGGAAGGAAAGGUGGAGAAGGUUCUCGUGGAGGAACCGAAGGAGAUCAACAUUUCGAAACUGCUGGAGUCGGAUUUCAACUUUGAAGUUCCGAAACUCUCUGGAAGGCCUUCCCUUACCACCGCGUCCCCGCAGGCAAAAAUCUCUCGGAAAAGUGACGAAUUCGAGGACCUGUUCGAGGGCAGCGGUUUCUCCAUGGACCCUCAACCUCGCAGCCAAAGCACGAUGAAGCUGCCUCCUUCCAACGGAAGCAACUAUGGAGACUUUUUCGAGAGUUUUUUCACAGCCGAGGGCGUUCCAAACCCCACGGAACUCAAGCCAGAACCUAAAAAAGAAAUUGUUCAACAACCUCCAAAGGAUAAAAAUAAUCUGGACAAUUCCGGUCUCGAUGAACCGCUUGUCGUUCAAGACGACGAUGUAGACGACAACUUUCAAGUCGAAAACGUCACCUUCACUCAAUCUCCCGUUCUGGACGCUCCGCUCGAGCAGCAGCAGUCCCGCAGUCGAUUCCUGAACGAAGAACUGGAACGCACAAGGCUCGAAGUCCUCGCAACGCUGCAAUCUCAACCCAACGCCAACACAUCGCUAAAUUCAACCCUCAACAACACCGUAAUCCCCCCAAGAUCUCAACUCCCCGUCAAACCCCUUCCCAAAGCGCCCCCAAUGACGCUGGCGGAUUCGAAAAACCUGCGCCAAGUGUCGAGCUGGGGACUGCCGGAGGCUAUCACGAAGGCUUACGCGCGGAAAGGAAUCACCGAGCUGUUUCAGUGGCAGGCGGACUGCUUGGCGAACGCGAAGGUCAUUUUGGAUUGUGCCAACCUGGUGUACAGUGCGCCCACUUCCGGUGGGAAAACGAUCGUCAGCGAGUUUCUGGUGGCAAAAACGGUUGUGGAGAGGAAGCGCAAAGCGGUGGUGAUACUGCCGUUUGUGGCGGUGGCCCGGGAGAAGAUGUACUAUUUGCAGGAAAUCCUCUCCCCUGCCGGCAUCCGCGUCGAGGGCUUCUUCGGCGGUCACACUCCGCCGGGGGGCUUCGACUCGGUCGACGUGGCCGUGUGCACCAUCGAGAAGGCCAACUCGAUCGUGAACCGCCUGCUGGAGCAGCAAAAACUCUCCUCGGUGGGGCUGGUCGUCGUCGACGAGGUUCACCUCAUUUCGGAUCCCGCCCGGGGCUACAUUCUGGAGCUGCUGCUGACGAAGAUCCGGUUCGUGGGGGAGCGGCUGGCGGAUGAGACGAGGAUACAGAUUGUGGCGAUGUCGGCGACGUUGCCCAAUAUGGGUUUGUUGGUGGAUUGGCUGGGGGCGGAACAGUUCCGGACGGACUUUCGGCCGAUCGAGCUGCGGGAGAUGGUCAAGAUGGGCAAUUGUAUCUUCGAUCGGGAGAAGAAGCUGCAGCGGAAGUUGGAGGUGGGGGAGUUUGGGCAAGUGGGGCGCGAUCAGGACCAGGUGGCGCAGCUCUGUUUGGAGACGAUUCUGGAGGGUUGUUCGGUGAUUGUGUUUUGUCCGUCGAAGGAUUGGUGCGAGAAGUUGGCGCUGCAUUUGGGGGAAUUUAUCUACAAGUCGCUGAAGGUGAAGGGGGAGUUGGGGGAGAAGAUGCGGCUUCAGAUGGACCCGGCUAAGAUGGAACAGGCCUUGGCCCGGUUGAAGAACAGUCCGGUCGGGUUGGAUCCGGUGCUGGGGAAAACGGCUAGAUUUGGCUGUGUGUAUCAUCAUGCCGGGUUGACCGCGGACGAGCGGGACAUAAUCGAGAGUUGCUUCCGCGAGGGCACGUUGCGGGUCAUCGUGGCCACGAGCACCCUGAGCAGUGGAGUGAAUCUGCCGGCGCGGAGAGUCAUCAUCCGGACGCCCAUGUUCGGAGGGGCGCCGAUGAAUGCGUUGACCUACCGGCAGAUGAUUGGGCGAGCCGGGAGAAAGGGACGGGACGUGCUCGGGGAAUCGAUUCUGAUGUGCGACGGGCAGAACGCCCGGGCUGGAUGGGAGCUGGUGCGGGCGGAAUUGAAGCCGAUCGCGUCCUGCCUGGAUGGAGAUGGUCAUAGCCACCUGAAACGCGCCAUCCUGGAGAUCAUCGCUUCCGGCGUGGCGUCCACCACGGAAGACCUGGAACGGUUCGUCAACUGCACGCUGUUCAGCUGUGAAAAGCAACGUCCCUUCCGCUUCGACAUCGAAUCCCUCAACCUGCGGCAGAAACAUCGACACCAUGGCCAACCCGCGUCCUCCGAGGAGGACCCGGAAGCCGAAUCCGACCCGAUUUCAGCCUGCGUGCGCUUCCUCCUAGAAUACGAGUUCAUCCGGCUGCAGCAACAUUCGACCACCGGCGAAACCCUGCUCGUGGCCACCCAGCUGGGCGGGGCCUGUUUGGCCGCCUCGAUGGCCCCCCGGGACGGCUUCCUGCUGUUCAGUGAGCUGCAGAAGGCGCGCAACUGCUUCGUGCUGGAAACGGAACUGCACGCGAUCUACCUGGUGACGCCGUACUCGGUGGCCUACCAGUGGCAGAACAUUGAUUUUCUGGCAUACCUGGAACGGUUCGAGGGGCUGCCGGAAGCGAUGAGGCGCGUCGGGGAGUUGGUCGGGGUACGGGAGGCGUUUCUGGUGAAGGCGUUGCGGGCGGGCGCGAAGGCUGCCGAGGAUCAUCAAGCGAUGCAGAUCCAUAAGCGCUUCUACACCGCGCUAGCCCUGCAGGAGCUCGUUCAGGAAAAACCACUGAGCGACGUGGCCGCCCAGUUCAAGUGUACGCGCGGUAUGCUCCAGAGCCUGCAGCAGGUGGCGGCCACGUUCGCCGGCAUCGUGACCGCGUUCUGCACCUCGCUCAACUGGAACCUGCUGGCGCUGAUCGUGGCGCAGUUCCGCGAGCGGCUGUUUUUCGGCAUUCAGCCGGACUUGCUGGAUUUGAUGAGGAUUCCCAGCUUGAACGGGCAACGCGCCCGGAUGUUGUUCAACGGUGGAGUUACGGGGGUGGUGGAGUUGGCCAACUGUGAUGUAUUGAGGGUGGAACGGAUAUUGCUGGACUGCUUGAGCUUUCAAACCGAGCAGAAGCGGGAGGGUGAGGACGAGUACGAGGCGAGGAAGCGGCUUAAUUUGAGGAAUUUGUACGUGACGGGACGGGCGGGGUUGACGGUCCAGGAAGCGGCCCGGUUGUUGGUGAAGGAAGCGCGGAUGUAUGUACAGUUGGAAACUGGCGUGAACAAUCCGGACUGGCAGGAGGAAAGCCAAGAAGUGGCCGUCGUUGAGCAGGAAGAACCGCGAACACCAGCUGAAGUCUCUAGAGAAGUCCAAGCUCCAGUUCCGGAACAAGAACCGGCCAGCGAAAACAUGUUCUCCCCACCCGCGUCGGAACCACAGAGCGACCCUCCCACUGCAGCCGCAGCUUCAUUCGAAGUGUCCUCGACGGACAGCAAGCAGGACAUCGAGUGCUUCCACAACUCGCUCAUCAUGAACUUUUCGCACGUCCUCAACGACAGCAAGGUCGUGACCGGUUCCGGUGGAAAAUACGACCAACUCAGCAUCGUGGACCUGUGCGCGAGCGCUGAUCUAUUCCACAAGUUUCAACAGAUCUUGGCCAGCUCCACCUCCAUUUCCGUUUCCUUCGGAGUGUCUCAAUUCACGCGAUCGCGAUCCGUCAUCGGCGGAAACUUGCUGGUCAAUCAGAAGAGCAAAUCCGAACAGGACGAAAUCGAGCGGAACUAUCGAACCGUCAUGGAAGACGGGACGUACCUGAGCGGGGUGGCCUUUACGCUGCCGCAGGCAGGUGACUCGGAUCAACCGGAAAAUGCCGUAUUCUACUUGAAUUUAAGAAAAGACAGCGAAAUCAAGUGCAAUUUGAAGCAAGAUCUGAUUAGAAAGCUAUUUUCGAGGGAGGACCUCACGAUCGACAUGUUUGACGCGAAGGAUCAGCUCAAACUAGCGCACAAAGGGAGUCUGCUGGACCUGAAACAGGAAGUGGUGGCCAGCGUGAGGGAUCCGAAGGUGGCGUGCUGGUUGCUGCAAGCGGAGGACAAAGUUAUUCCGUUGCAGGCGAUGGUUCAACAAUACUGUCCAGAGAUGACGGCGAUUUGUCAGCUUGCGGGACGUUCUCCCGGUUCGACGGGACCGGCGUUGAACUGUGGCAGUGCCAUCGAUGCCAAAAUCAGAUGCACCGUCGAGUCCUUCCUGGUCCACCACCUGAUCCUCUCCCAGCUGGAUCAUUUCACCACGCUGGACCGGCCCCAGGACAUGACCGCCACCUUCACCAGCCGCGAAAUGCCCAUCCACGUGGCGCUCGCCCGCAUGGAACUGGUUGGCUUCCCCGCCGAUGGUGCCAAACUGGGCGCGCUGAUCGCCCGUCUUAAGGCGGCCAAGGACCGAAUCGCCGAGCGGGUUCGCCAGCUGAACGGCGGCCGGAAGUUGGACUUUGGUUCGACGCGGGAGGUUGCCGCGGUGCUGAAGGUCCCGAAGGAUCGGAACGGGAGGGCGCGCACUUCGCGGCAGGUUCUGGAGCGGAUCGAUUCGCCGUUGGCGGCAUUGGUCAUUGCGUGGCGCAAGAUUGACAGCAAUCUGAGCAGGACGAUUGAGCCGUUGGGACGGGGGAUUGUCGGUGGGAGGAGGAUUUACGGGAGCAGCUAUUGCUUUACGUCGACUGGGAGGAUUUCGAUGCACGAGCCGAACCUGCAGACGGUGGUGAAGGACUUUCGGGUGGAGAUUGAGCCGGGGAAGGUGGAGUUGUUCAGCUGUCGGGGGACGUUCGCCUGUGAAGACUCGUCCAAGGUGUUGAUUUCGGCGGAUUUCUGUCAGCUAGAGCUGUGCGUGUUGACGCACCUGUCCCAGGAUCGGAAGUUGCUGGCCGUUAUGAAGAGUGGCAAGGACGUGUUUAGGGGGAUCGCGGCCAAGUGGAACCACAUCGAGGACGAGCGGGAAGUUUCGGACGAGCUGAGGAAUUACACCAAGGCUAUUGUGUACGGCGUGAUUUAUGGGAUGGGCGCCAGGUCGAUGGCCGCCGAGCUGAACGUGGACGAAGACACGGCGCGCACGCUGAUGGAGCAGUUCCACGCGACCUACCCGGAGAUUAGACGGUAUGCGGAAAAAGUGGUUCAAGUUACGCGUGAACGCGGUUACAUCGAAACGCUCACCGGCCGUAGACGAUAUCUGCCGGCGAUUCACAGCACGGAGGCGACGAAGCGAUCGGAAGCGGAACGGCAAGCGGUGUGUACGACGGUGCAGGGGUCGGCGGCGGACAUUCUGAAGAAUGCGAUCCUUCGGAUGGCGCGGAAUUUACGUAAGUACCGAGAGCGGUUGGCCUUAGGGGAGGUCGAGCUGGUUCUGCACAUGCACGAUGAGUUGAUCUUUGAGGCGCCGCGGGAUCAGGCCAGGAAGGUGGGGAAGAUCCUCAAGUCCAGCAUGGAAAACUGUGCCAACUUGAGCUUGCCGCUGAGGGUCAAGGUGAAAAGUGGACCGAGCUGGGGAGAGCUCGUGGAAAUUCAAGUUUGACACUGUUUUAUUUUAACCGUUGCAACUAAAGACUGAUUAUUUGUUGAA